CUGCUGCAAGGCUUGUAAACUAGGAACAAGGAAGCAGAUGAAAUGUAAGAGAUGUGGGUUUCAGUUUUCCUGUGAACAGUGAGAUAUGAUGAAAGCGGCUUUUCAAAGCAGAUGUACAGUUUACUGUGAAGAGAGAUGGCUACAUACAGAACAGUGGUGGCACUGCUCUCCUGUGUUGUGGUCCUUUUUCAAGGGUGUGAGUCAGAUGUGAAAUGCAGGAAUGACAAUGGAGUCGAGGUUGACUGGUAUAUUUUAUACAAGUUACCCAAUGUGAAAGAUGGCGGUUUGUCGUAUCUGUACAUGGAUGAGAGCACCGGUGGAUGGAGACUCAGCACAGAGAAAAUCAACAGUAGAUCUGGCGCUCUGGCGAACACCCUGAAACCUCUUCUAGACUUCUACAACAGAAAGACUGAAGGCUUUGGAUACAUGCUCUACAAUGAUCAACCUCCAGAUCCAUAUAAGGCUCCGUCAUCAUUUGGUCACAGUAAAGGAGUCGUGAUGUUGGACAGACGAACUGGAGUCUGGCUCUCACACAGUACACCAAGAUUUCCAACAUAUCACAGUAAAGUCUUCUGGCCAGAAAGUGGACAUGCUAACGCUCAAACAUUUAUGUGUGUGACUUACUCCCACAAUGAAUUCAGAGAAAUAGGGUUGCAGCUCAUGUACAUCCACGCUUAUUCAUAUGACUCUGACAUACCAAAAACCUUUCAUGAUGAGCUGAGAUGUGUUGCUCAGCGAAGCUGCUACCCAAAGAAGAAACCCUGGUUUAGAGAGAAGAUGCUGACUUCACUGAACGGACGACCGUUCCACAGCUUUGCAAAAUACAAACGUUUUGGAGAUGAUCUUUACUCUGGCCUCAUUGUAAACAGUUUGAAUCAGGAUCUGUAUGUCAAGAGCUGGGGAAAGAUGCGUCGUCCUCUUCCUUCUAACUGCAGCAUCCCUCAUCAUGUGUACAAUGUGGAGGAAGUACAGCCUCUCAACAUGCAGCCCUUCAGUGACACUGUAGAUCACUCCAAGUGGUGUGUGACACCUGGUGGUAGCUGGACCUGCAUCGCUGAUAUGAACAGGGAAGAGAGUCAGAUGGACAGAGGUGGAGGAGCUAUAUGCACCAAUGACGUUACAGUUGGAGAGGCUUUCUACGCAUUAAUCAAAAAGCACGAACCAUGUGAACAUGAAUUUACUGUUCAACACCAAGAGCUUUAAAGACACAACGAUCAUUGAAAUGUGAAGAAAAGAGAAGUUUUUUUGGUCUAUGUUCACCCCUGUCUUUUGUAGUCUGUAGGAUGUAUUUUUAUUAAUGAAAGACUGAUAUGUUUUUAAUCUUUUAAAUCAUGUUUUAAGCAUUAAAAGAAAUAAACAGGACUGAAUGAUUAUA